GCCAUUUUGCCGCUGGCCGCUGGGCUCCCAUUGUGUGAGUGAGAUAGUAAACAGAGAGCGGCAGGCAGAGCUGCUCACCCUUCCGCGCCGAAAACCAAACGCAUCCGCCGCAGGUGAUUGAGUAACUAUGGCCCGUACUAAGCAAACCGCCCGUAAGUCGACAGGAGGUAAAGCUCCUCGCAAGCAGCUGGCCACUAAAGCUGCCCGCAAGAGUGCGCCCUCUACUGGAGGAGUGAAGAAGCCUCAUCGCUACAGGCCCGGUACCGUGGCUCUGCGUGAGAUCCGUCGAUACCAGAAGUCCACUGAGCUGCUGAUCCGUAAGCUGCCGUUCCAGCGUCUGGUCAGAGAGAUCGCUCAGGACUUCAAAACGGACCUGCGCUUCCAGAGCGCCGCCAUUGGGGCUCUGCAGGAGGCCAGCGAGGCGUACCUGGUGGGUCUUUUCGAGGACACCAACUUGUGUGCCAUCCAUGCCAAGCGUGUCACCAUCAUGCCCAAAGACAUCCAGCUGGCCCGCCGUAUCCGUGGAGAGCGUGCUUAGGCUCUCCUCUUCCUGCUCCUUCCCCUCUUUUUCGCAUUCUCUCUCUCUCUCUCUCUCUCUCUCUCUCUCUCUCUCUCUCUCUCUCACUCUCUCUCUCUCUCUCUCUUUUUCCCUCUCCACUCGUCUCCUCCCUCUUUCUUGGUAGAGUUUAGAGUAUCAGCGACGGGGAGGCCAAUGUGUUUCAGUCUAUUAGUGCUGUCUCACUGAAGCGUAGGGUACCUGUAUGUGCAUGUAACAGAUGCUGCUGAUCACUCGCCCACACACACACACACACACAUACAUAUAUACACACACACAUCCACGCAACACACAUUCUGGCGCACGCACGCUGAACUCAUGUAUACGUACACACAGUUGGAGCAUAAACGAGGUCCACCCUUGCCAAGCUUGGGGUCUUUCACAGACGUUUACGUACACGCAUAUGCACAUGCACGUGCACACACAGGGAGGUCAGAGGGGUGGUGUCUGGGGUUAGUCUGCUUAAGGGGAGCGGCAACUUCCACAGCAGGGUGCUACUAAAACUGCCCCAGGCCACCUUUACCUACCCUGUACCUGUACAUCUGUAUCCGCACACCUGAACCUUCUUGCCUGUACCUACUUACUUUUGCUUGUGUACUUGUACUUUCAUACCUGUACCUACUUAUCUAUACUUAGAUGUCUGUUCAUCUAUACGUGUAUAUCUGUUCACCUGUACCUAUGUAUUUGUACCUCAGUACGUGCUGACCUGUACCUUCAUACCUGUACCUGCUGACCUGUACCUUCAUACCUGUACCUGCUGAUCUGUACCUUCAGACCUGUACCUUCAUACCUGUACCUGCUGACCUGUACCUUCAUACCUGUGUCUGUUGACCUCUACUUACCCAUAACCUGUACCUUCGUACUUGUACCUUCAUACCUGUACCUUCGUAGCUGUACCUACUCACCUGUACUUUCAUACUUGUGUUUAUAGACCUCUACUUACCAAUAAUCUGAACCUACUUACCUGUAUUUACUCACUUGUACCUACUCACCUGUACCUUCGUACCUGUACCUACUCACCUGUGUCUGUAGACCUACUUACCAAUAACCUGUACCUCCAUAUCUGUACUUAUACACGUAUACCUCCACACCUUUCUUCACCCAACCCUGUGUACCUGUCCAUUCCUCAUACACCUGUUCUUUCCUGUCCACCCAUGUCCCAUGUCUGUCCACCUCUUGGCAGAUUUGUGUGUGUGUGUACGUGCAGGUCCAUUUCCCCCCGUGUGUGCGAGUGGGUGACGUGAUCAGCAAAGCAGAAUCGUAUUCAACUGCAAACCAGCAUCUAUUGGUUAAAAGUUGUUAUAAUAUUGAUGAUUACUAUUAUUGUUGAUAUGGUGUCUUUUUUUUCUAUGAUGCAUACACAUGACUUGUUUUACCACUGUUAGGAUAAAAAAGAGCAAAACUAAAGAAAAUUUGAAUUUGUUUCUUUGUUUUUUGUUUUUUUUAUCGUAGUGAUUGCCGAUCCUGCUCCUCCUGUUAAAACUUCAGGCAGCCACAGGGGGGCGCUCUAAACCAGCCUCUCAUUCACUCUCACUGUUCUUCAGACAUCCCUCCUCCUCCUUCUCGCUUUUCUCUUCCUUUCUCUUUCUCUCUCCCCCCCCUCACCCUUUUUUUUUUCUUCCACAGAUCGGCAUUCGUCACGAAUUGUAGCAAAAAAAAAAUCGCCACGUUUAGUUUUCGGAGUGUUUCACUCUCUUUGUGUAGACCUUUUUGCUCCUCUCUCUCUUUCGCGCUCUCUCGUUGUGAUACACAGUAUAACCUCAUGUUUCUGUUUAUUUUUCUUAUUCAGAAAUCUAAAUAAGCUGAUCUUUGUAUUUUCCAAAUUUCUCAUACUAUGGUGGUAAUAAAUAGAUGUUACACAA